GAUGCCUAGUGUUCAGAAGUUUUCCAAUGCGCGCUCCGACAGAAAGAGGUCUCGUCGACACUCGGUACAAUAGUCGCAUUUUGUAAAUAUAUGCUGUUGGCAGAACGCGGACACUUGGGUUGACUGCCUUUUCGUUAUUGUCAGAGGAGGCGCAUUUAAAGUGGAUUGACGUCUGUCCUUCGCCAGCACCGUUUGGAGAGAAGACAUGCAGGCGCGCUAUUCAGUCUCCAGUCCCAACUCGCUGGGAGUCGUGCCUUACAUCGGCAGCGACCAGAGUUAUUACCGGGCCGCCGCCGGAGGGGGAUACACCGGGAUGCCAGCCCCCAUGAGCAUGUACUCUCACGCGGCCCACGAUCAGUAUCCUGCUAGCAUGGCGAGGGCGUAUGGACCGUACACGCCGCAGCCUCAGCCCAAGGAUAUGGUAAAACCACCCUACAGCUACAUUGCGCUCAUCACCAUGGCCAUCCAGAACUCGCCGGACAAGAAAGUGACCCUUAACGGCAUUUAUCAGUUCAUAAUGGAGCGUUUUCCCUUUUACAGGGACAACAAACAGGGCUGGCAGAAUAGUAUUCGCCACAAUCUCUCCCUGAACGAGUGCUUUGUCAAAGUGCCGCGCGAUGACAAAAAACCUGGCAAAGGUAGCUAUUGGACCCUCGACCCGGACUCGUACAAUAUGUUUGAGAACGGCAGCUUUUUGAGGCGACGGCGACGUUUCAAAAAGAAGGACGCCCAAAAGGACAAGGAUGAUCGACAGAUUAAAGAGGCGCCGUCCCGCCAGCAGCAGGGCCGCGACCAGGAACAGUCCGUGCCGGGCUCGCAGCCCGUGCGCAUUCAGGACAUUAAGACCGAGAACGGCACGUCCACGCCACCGCAGGCUGUUUCGCCCACGCUCAGCACCGUUCCCAAGAUCGAAAGCCCUGACAGCAGCAGUAUGUCGAGCGGCAGCCCGCACAGCAUCCCGUCCACCCGCUCUAUCAGCCUGGACAGCGCCGGGGAGCAACAGCAGCAGCAGCAUCACCAUCAUGGCCAGACCCCCGCGCAGGGCUUCAGCGUGGAUAACAUCAUGACAUCGCUCCGGGGCUCGCCUCAAGGCUCCGGCGAGCUCAACCCCUCGCUCGUCGCGUCCUCGCGGACAGGUAUAACUCCCACAUUGUCCCUAAACUAUUCUCCAAAUCAGACGUCCGUUUACAGCUCGCCCUGUAACCAGAACUCCAUCUCGACUACCUCCAACGCCACCUAUCAUUGCAACAUGCAGGCCAUGAGCUUGUACGCCGGAGGGGAUCGCUCGGGCCAUUUGGCGACCACUACCUCCGUGGAUGAAACUUUGCCCGAUUACUCGAUCACGACCACCACGAGCCACGGGAAUCUCAGCUCGGCCCAGGAGGGUCACCAUCCGCACCAAGGGCGCCUCGCUUCAUGGUACCUAAACCAGGCCGGAGAUAUCGGCCAUCUAGGGGCGACGUACCCCGCGCAGCAGCAGAACUUUCAUUCGGUUCGAGAGAUGUUUGAAUCCCAGAGAAUCGGGUUGAAUAAUUCACCGGUGAACGGGAAUAACAGCUGUCAAAUGUCGUUUCCCCCGAGUCAGCCCAUCUACCGCACGUCUGGGGCUUUUGUGUAUGACUGCAGCAAGUUUUGACCAAAAAGUGUUUUUUCGUUCUUGUUGUUGAUUUUCCUUUAGAUUGAUUUUCUUCCUAUUUUCUUCUACUACCCCCCGUGAUGGACUGAAAAGAAACAGAACACAAACACGAGUCAGACACACUUGAUGUUGGUUUGUUUAAGGACAGUGUUACUUCUAAGAACACGUAAGUCUUCUUCGUUUUUGUGAGCUAUAUGCUGGGCUGUGUUGAAAUGCGUCAGACGUUUCUGGACUUGUUAUUACGUGUAAAUUGCAUAUAGUAAUUUAUUUCUAAAGUGUAGCCGGAUAUUAUGGACCAAACACCAAAAAGUGUUUCGAAAUUGAAUUGCAUUAAUUGUCCAAAAAUGUUCCAUUGUAACAAAGAAACGGAACAUGUAUAACGCCAUAUUCUUUCAAAUUCUUUCCUUUUCUUGAAAAAGUAUUCUGAAGGAACUGCAUUGUUUGUUUAAUAAAUGACCA